AAACCCAAAAGCAAAUGGCGGUAUAAAUGUCAAAAUUGUUCAAAAUAAUACGAAAUCAAAAACGUGUUUUGAUGAAUUUUAUUUAUUUACGUGUACGUUAAAGUGAUUCAGAAAAGCUGUAUGUAAAUUUAAAACCAAAUCUAGAUUCUAGACUGUCAAAAAGUCUACUAAAUAGAGAAUGGGGUCUAAAAAACACAAAAAGGAAUCUAAAAAGAAGAAGCACAGGAGUAGGUCACGAUCGCCUUUGGAGGGCGAAGAGCGGGAACGCAAAAGGCACAGGAAGCACAAGGAUCGCAAGAAGGACCGCUCCCCUGACGUGGAGGAGGUGCCGGUGGACUCGCAUCUGGUGAAGAACAACGGCGUGCGCUCGCGCAGCCGCAGCGCCGGCCGCGCCCACGACAACCACGACACCCACUCCAGGGACUACCGCGCCCACGAUGACGUGUACAGGGACACCAGCAGGAGUCAGGACUCGACCAGCGACUCGCCCGCGCCCGUGUCCAGCUCGGCGCAGGAGAGCCUGUCGGUGGAGGAGACCAACAGGCUGAGAGCCAAGCUCGGCCUCAAGCCACUCGAGGUGGCUGAGAAACACGCCGAGGAUGGCAAGAUCAAGGAUGACCUGGGCGAGUUCUACCACAAGCCGGCCGCCAACCUGGCGCAGCAGCGCAAGGCCGACAAGCUGCGCGAGCGCCUGGAGGAGCGUCGGGAGAAGCGCCAGCUCGAGAACAAGUUACAAACGACGCUGCUGGCGGAGGAGUCGGACGAGGAGGACGCGUCGGCGUGGGUGCGCAAGUCGCGCGACAUCGAGAAGCAGAAGCGUGAGGCGGCCAAACGGGCGGCGUUGCUGGAUGAAAUGGACGCGGAGUUCGGCUUGGGCGCGCUGGUGGCGGACGAGCAGCGCAGCGAGCGGGACAAGGCGUACGCGACUAAGCAUCUCAAGGGGCUGCGAGUGGCGCACGACAUCGACGCCUUGCCGGACGAGAGCAUGACGAUCCUGACGCUGGCGGACAAGGAGCUGCUGGCCGACGACGCGGAGGACGUGCUGGUCAACGUCAACCUCGUGGACGACGAGAAGUACAAGAAGAACAUCCUAGAGCGCAAGAAAGCCCGCGCGGGCUACCAAGCGUACGACGAGGAGGCGGAGCUGGAGGCGUCGCUGGGCUUCGCGCGCCCCGUGCUGGCCAAGUACGACGACGAGAUCGACGGCGGCAAGGCCGACAAGCGGAAGGGCUUCUUCAUCGGCGACGACGACGCGCUGCAGGCCAAGCGCCUCAAGGACAUGAUGAGGGCGGAGCGCGUGGCGGGCGGGCCGGACAAGCGGCUGGAGUCGCUGCAGCUGCCGGAGCUGCGCGUCGCCUCCGACUACAUGGAGGAGCACGAGGUGCUCGCCAAGUUCAAGAAGUUCAAGAAGAAGGGCAAAAUACGGAAGAAGCCGAAGCAGGAACCGAUAGACGUGGACGAGCACGAGGCGGGCACGGCGCCGCUGGACACCGACGACACAGAGGUGAAGCCGGAGCAGUUCUCCAGCGCGGCCGUCGUGGACGACGAGGAGACGGAGGUGGACACAGAGCUGCAGGCCGCGCUAGCGCGCGCGCGCCGCCUGCGCCAAGCGGAGGCGGCCGCCAGCCGCGUGCCCAAGGUGGAGGAGAUUCUGCAGCAGGUGAAGGGCGAGCCGGACGAGGCGGAGGGCGCGGAGAGCGUGAUGGUGCUGGACGCGACGGCCGAGUUCUGCCGCACGCUGGGCGACAUCCCCACCUACGGGCAGGCGGGCAACCGCGACCAGACCGCCGAGAUCAUGGACUUCGAGCGUGAGGAGAUGGAGCUGGAGCUGGAGGCGGACGACAACGCGGGCGCGUGGAGCCGCGUCGACGUGGACAGCGAGCAGCCGCCCGACCUCGCCGCGGGCACCAGCGCGGGACUGGAGGCGGAGCCGGCGCUGGGCGCGGGCGUGGCGGGCGCGCUGCGGCUGGCGCUCAGCAAGGGCUACCUGGAGCGCGCGGGUGCGCCGCCCCGCCCCGCGCGCCCGCCGCCCGCGCUCUCCGCCAACUACUCCAUCGAGGACAAGACGUAUGGCGAGGACGACAAGUACGGGCGGCGCGAGCGCGGCGGCGGGCACUGCGGGCCGCUGAGCGAGUUCCGCGAGAAGAGCGGCUUCCGGCCCAGCAUCAAGCUGGAGUACGUGGACGACGAGGGCCGCCCGCUCAGCGCCAAGGAGGCGUUCCGCUACCUGUCGCACAAGUUCCACGGCAAGGGGCCCGGCAAGAACAAGCAGGAGAAGCGCAUCAAGAAGGCGCAGCAGGAGGGGCUGAUGAAGAAGAUGAGUUCGACGGACACGCCGCUCAACACGCUGCAGAUGCUGCAGCAGAAGCAGAAGGAGACGCACUCGCCCUUCGUCGUGCUCAGCGGCGCCAAACGAGACGCGCCCAACUAGCGACCAACCUCCCAUCCAUCCCUACCGGAUGGUACCUACCAUCCACCCAACUCAACCUACCAUCACUUACUACUAGGUACAAUGGCUAGGCACCUACCAUCUGAAGAUCACACUUGCGCUUUGUGCAACCUUUUAGCGCGAUUGAAGUAAAACUUUUUCCAGACAUAAGUAAUACGAACGUUGCAUAAGUCUGAAAUAUUCUGAGCUACUCUCAACUCGCGCUGAAAGAAGUUUUACUUCAAGUAAUUGUUGUCUGUGUGAAAGCCCGAGCACACAACCAAAUAACCCUACAACCGUUAAUCCUAACUCCUCCAUUCAAAUAUUACUUAACCCUGAUGUGUAUAGUUUGCGUAGUGUCAAUGUUAACUAAAUCCUUUGGAAGAAAUUUGUAAUGUUUGAGAAUAAUUUAUACCACCACAUCUGAAUAAAUGAAUUUAUAUAUGUAUGAAAUUUAUAUUAUAUCUUGCAAAUUGUAAUAAAUUAACUUUAGGAAU